AUGGGCGGGGAGGUGCCGGAGCCGCGGCGGCUCAGCCGCGCGCUCAGCUUCGGCUGCGGCGGCGUGCCCGACGAGGCGCUGCACCUCGUCAUGGGCUACGUCGACGCCCCGCGCGACCGGGAGGCCGCCUCGCUCGUCUGCCGCCGCUGGCACCGCAUCGACGCGCUCACCCGCAAGCACGUCACCGUCGCCUUCUGCUACGCCGCCGACCCGGCCCGCCUCCUCGCGCGCUUCCCGCGCCUCGAGUCGCUCGCCCUCAAGGGCAGGCCGCGCGCCGCCAUGUACGGCCUCAUCUCCGACGACUGGGGCGCCUACGCCGCGCCCUGGGUCGCCCGGCUCGCCGCGCCGCUCGAGUGCCUCAAGGCGCUCCACCUGCGACGCAUGACCGUCACCGACGAUGACGUCGCCGCGCUCAUCCGCUCCCGCGGCCACAUGCUGCAGGAGCUCAAGCUCGACAAGUGCUCCGGCUUCUCCACCGACGCGCUCCGCCUCGUCGCCCGCUCCUGCAGAUCCUUGAGAACAUUAUUUCUUGAAGAAUGUGUGAUUGCUGAUGAAGGUGGUGAAUGGCUUCAUGAACUUGCUGUCAACAAUUCUGUUCUUGUGACACUGAACUUCUACAUGACUGAGCUCAAAGUGGUGCCAGCUGAUCUGGAGCUUCUAGCAAAGAACUGCAAAUCAUUACUUUCUUUAAAGAUCAGUGAGUGUGACCUUUCAGACCUGAUUGGUUUUUUCGAAGCAGCCAAUGCAUUGCAAGAUUUUGCUGGAGGAUCGUUCAAUGAGAAACUGGACUUGCAGUACACUUUCCUCACCACUGAGGAUCAUUGCCAGCUUAUCUCAAAAUGCCCGAACCUAUUUGUUCUCGAGGUGAGGAAUGUGAUAGGAGACAGAGGGCUAGAGGUUGUUGGUGAUACAUGCAAGAAGCUACGAAGACUUCGAAUUGAGCGAGGGGAUGAUGAUCCAGGUCUCCAAGAAGAGCAAGGAGGAGUUUCUCAGUUAGGCCUGACAGCGGUAGCUGUUGGUUGCCGUGACCUGGAGUACAUAGCUGCCUAUGUAUCUGAUAUCACCAACGGCGCUCUCGAAUCCAUCGGGACCUUCUGCAAAAAUCUCUACGACUUCCGGCUUGUCCUGCUCGACAGACAAAAGCAGGUAACCGAUCUGCCGCUCGACAACGGUGUUCGAGCUCUGUUAAGGAGCUGCACCAAGCUCCGGAGAUUUGCUCUCUACCUGAGACCUGGAGGGCUCUCAGACACAGGCCUCGACUACAUCGGGCAGUACAGCGGCAACAUCCAGUACAUGCUACUGGGCAACGUCGGCGAAUCGGACCACGGGUUGAUCCGCUUCGCAAUAGGAUGCACCAACCUGCGGAAGCUUGAGCUUCGGAGCUGCUGCUUCAGCGAGCAAGCCCUGUCCCUCGCGGUGCUCCACAUGCCCUCGCUCAGGUACAUAUGGGUGCAAGGCUACAAGGCCUCUCCAGCAGGCCUGGAGCUCCUCCUCAUGGCGAGGCGAUUCUGGAACAUCGAGUUCACGCCCCCCAGCCCCGAGGGCUUGUUCCGCAUGACGCUCGAAGGAGAACCCUGCGUGGACAAGCAGGCCCAGGUUCUUGCCUACUACUCCCUUGCCGGGCAGAGGCAGGACUGCCCUGACUGGGUGACCCCGUUGCAUCCAGCCGCAUGA